AUGGAGCGGGUCCAUUCCUCCGACGUGACCAGAAGACCGUGUAUCGAUGGAGAAGAGACGGUAGUCCAAGGAGAAGGAUCGGCUAGUGUGGCCAUCGGAUGGACAGGGCUCGGGGGGAGGGUUCGUUCUUCAGCCGAAACUAACAAAAAGUGCAAUUUUAGGGCGUGGUAGGCAAGUACAGUCAAGUAAACCAGGUUGCGCAAUCUCCAUCGAUCGAAGAACGACUACGAGCCCUGCAAUGGUCCUGGCGGACGCAGCAUCCGAUGCCCGGCGCAACGUCACAACAAGAUUCACAGUUUCUCAAAAUUCGAUUUAUUUCUACCAGCGGCCAUUCCGAAAACUAA